UUUUGCGGGAAGUUUGGUCCGUGUACAGUUUAUCCUACAGGGAAGCAUAAACAACGAAGCGACGAUGCCCCCUAAAGCCAAGGCGGCAGGCAGAGGCAGAGCCCCUGCCAAGAGGAAGCUGGCAGAGGAGUUUCCUCCUGGAGAAGUGCUGAAGGACACCAUGAAGAAGGAAUGGAAGCUGGGGGCUCCGAUCGGUCAAGGGGGCUUUGGUGUCAUAUACUUGGCCGAGGAAAAUUCUGCAAAGCCCGUGGGUGCUGAUGCUCGCUAUGUCAUCAAAGUGGAGCCUAUUGACAAUGGACCACUUUUCUGCGAGCUCGCAUUUUACAUGAGAGCUGCCAAGCCGGAUCUCAUUCAGAGUUGGAUGAAGUCCAAGAAGCUGAAAAACCUGGGCGUGCCCCGGUACUGGGGCUCAGGUCGACAUGAGAGAGGGGGUCAAAGUUACAGGUUCAUGGUCAUCGACAGACUUGGCACAGACCUGCAGAAGAAGUUUGAGGAAUGUGGAAGGAGAUUUCCCAGAAAGCUGGUCCUGCAGCUCAGCCUUCGACUGCUGGAUACUCUGGAGUACAUCCACGAGCACGAGUACGUGCACGCUGAUGUGAAGGCGUCUAACCUCAUGUUGAGUCACAGCGAUCCUAACCAGGUUUACUUAGUAGAUUAUGGACUGGCCUAUAGGUACGCACCUGAAGGUCUGCCCAAGGAGUACAAGGAAGACCCCAAGAAAUGUCACGAUGGUACCAUCGAGUUCACAAGCAUCGACUGCCACAAAGGAGCAUCCGCGUCCAGGCGCAGCGACCUGGAGAUCCUGUCCUACUGCAUGGUUCAGUGGCUGUGUGGUCGGCUGCCCUGGGAGGACAAGUUGCAGGACCCGCUGUACGUCAGAGACUCCAAGAUCCGGAGUCAAGAAAACAUCACAGAGUUCAUGGCCAAGUGUUUCUCCUCUCAAGACAAACCAGAUGAGAUCCAGCGGUUCAUGGAGGAGGUGAAAUCUCUGGGCUACACAGCCAAACCACCCUACGACAAGCUGCGCUCUAUCCUGCAGGCUGGACUGAAGACCAUUGGUGCAAAAGAGGAUGGCAAGCUGGAGUUCACCUCUGUGAAUGGAGCAGCGGUGCCUCCCACCAAGAAGACGGCCAAAAGAAAGAUGGCAGCAGAUGAAGCAGAGGAGAGCGAGGUGGAUUCGAGUCCCGUCAAGAAAAAGAGAGUCACAAAGAAGAAAGAGGUUAACAGACUGAAGAAAAGUCCCAAAAAGACUCCGAAAUCCAGGAAGGUGCCCAGCAGUGACCCCAAAUCCAGACUUGUGGAAAUGGGAACCCAGACAUCACCUGGACUUGCCCAGAAAUCCAGAGGCAGACCCAAGAAAACGAGCACCUGAACAUCCACCUCACUCCUCCACUCAGGCUUUUAAGUUGGAUUUACUUUGGUCUGUUACACUGUUACACUGUGCUAAUAGAUGCUGAUGUUUGAUUGCAUUGUAACAAUAAAGAGAUAAUGACAUUGAUCAGUUGUUCUUAUUGAAACUUCUGGGCCAAAGUGUGAAGAAGCUCAAACUUCAGUUGUUCUGUUGCUUUUUUUAUGGCAUGUUUGAGGAACUCAGUGGCACAUGAAUUAAGAACUAGUCCAUAGAUGGCGCCAUCUUUAAACUGGGGGUAAAGUAAUGGUUUGCCACUUGUCUGUAGAUGCUGAACAAUAAUCUGAUUGCUGUAUCAGAGAGCAACUUGGGGUUGGUAUCUUUCCCAAGGAUACUUGGAGACUGGAUUGAACAUCCCACCUUCUGAUUAGAGGUUGACCUGCUCUACCUCCUGAGCAGUGAUGGGAAUAACGGGGUUACAAGUAACGGCGUUACUUUUUUCAGUAACGAGUAAUCUAACUAAUUACUAUUUCUAUCGUUACAACGCCGUUACAGUUACAAGAAAAUGCGGUCGCGUUACUGUUUUUCAACAAACAGACGGUUGAAGCUGUGUUCAGCUUACAGCACCUUAUAUCAGUUGCACGGAAGUAGCUGUAAGUAAUCUGGACGCUACAGCUUUAAGCAGCUGUGCGCUCCCCUGACGGCAAUCGCUUUCUGGCUGACGAUCACUUUUUGGCACAACACCUGGAGCUAAGGGGGCAAAAUAAUCGCAUGAGUGCUGCUGUUUGACUGAGGAAGAAUAAAGUAGUCGUGGUAAGCCAAUCACAUGACCACUUAAAGACAAAGUAACAAGGUGAUAUAUACCAGUUUAUAAAUUAUGUUGAUAGGCCACGUAAAACCAGAGUCAUGAUAAACAAUAUAUACGCAGCGUUUUUUCCUCAAUAGUUUCGCCACAUUUACUGUCUAAGGACAGCACUAGCAAGCACUCUCUGCUUAUGAGCAAAAAAUAAAAAAAAAACCCAAAAACAGCCCAUUGGUGUUGGUGGAAAAAUGCACCAUGUCGACCAAUCAAAAAAUGAUAUGGCAACAUGACAUUUGGUUGUUUAGGAAGAGGGUGAGUGAUGGGGAGAGAGAGAGAGAGAGAGCGAGUUUUGAGAUGUGAGAGAUUUGUGACGUUUAGCGUGUUUGGAGUGUGUAGUUCAUGUGUUGUCUUGUGUAGUUAGUGUGUAGUGUUGUGGAUAGUUUUGUGUUGUGUGUUAGAACAAUGAGGCGACUGCUGUCUCCAGGUAGAAAACAGGAGUGAUACACCUGCUGCUGUCAGACCUGCAGGUAUCAGGCUGUGAUGUUCUCCUUUAUAGUGGACAGAAAUUAUUUUUUUGGAGUGGCAUAAAUAAUUUGCGUGGCAUCUUAUUGAAUGCAGAACGUAAAUAGUUUGAAAUG